AUGGGCUCCUCUACUACUCAACUCACCUCCAAGGUAGCCUCUGGCUCACCUUACCAGCUCGACAAGUCCCAGGCCCUCAAAGCUUCGUCGGCGCUGUUGAAGCACAUCAAGUCCUCCAAGGAGGAGAAGGAGAAAUCUGCGACCAAGAAGACUUUGAUUGGUGACGACUCCGAUGACGAGGACACCGCCAUCAACCAUGAGGCUGUCUGGCUCGUCCUUACCACCAAGCAGCACGUGGUGGACAAGAACCGCCUGAAGCCCGGCAAAAUCGCUCUCCCUCACUCUCUCAACACAUCUCCCUCUCUCAGCAUCUGUGUGAUCACUGCCGACCCCCAGCGCAGUGUCAAGGAUAUCAUCGCCGACUCCUCUUUCCCCCAGGAACUUUCCGGCCGUAUCGAAAAGGUUAUUGGCUUCUCAAAACUCAAGGCCCGUUACCAGAGCUUCGAGAGCCGUCGCCAAUUGUUCGCCGAGCACGAUGUCUUCCUGGCCGAUGAUCGUAUUGCCAUGCGCCUUGUCCAGACCCUUGGCAAGAUUUUCUACAAGUCCAGCAAGCGUCCUAUUCCCAUCCGUAUCGCUGAGAUUGAGAAGGUCGAUGGCAAGCGUGUCAAGAAGGACCCCAAGAAGAACAACAACUCCAAGGAGGAGGAGAAGAAGGCCUCUUUCGCCGCCCCUCUGAUUGUCGCCAAGGAGAUGGAGCGCGCCUUGAACUGCGCCCCCGUCCAGCUUGCCGCUUCCACCACCGCUUCCGUCCGCGUCGGUUCAUCCAAGUUCACCCCCGAGCAGCUGUCCGACAACAUCGCAGCUGUCGUCAAAGGUCUGACUGAGAAGUUUGUCGUUAAGGGCUGGAGGAACAUCAAGGCUCUGCACAUCAAGGGUGCCAAUACGAUGGCCCUGCCCAUCUGGCUCGCCAGUGAAUUGUGGGUUGAGGACUCCAACGUGUUGGAGGCUGCCCCCGAGACCGAAGCUAUCCAGGACUCCAAGAAGCGCAAGUCUACUGGCGACGCAAAGGCAAUCGAGGAGAAGAAGACCAAGAAGACCAAGUCCACAGAUGACGAGGAGGCCGCAUCAGUGGCUGCCCGGAAGGAGAAGCUCCAGAAGCUCAAGGCUCAGGCCCUCGAGGAUGGCGACACAAGCAAGGUCGCCGCCCCGAAGACCGCGGGCAAGAAGAAGAGAAAGUCUACUUCAUAA